UGCCGGCACAUUCCGGGCAGGCGCACUGGGCGGCGCGGGGCGGCGGCGGCGGCAGUGCGCGCUCGGAGCCCAUGGAGGCGGCGGGGCCGCAGCCGGGGCCGGGCCCCGCGGCGGGGCCGCAGCCGGGAGCCGAGGAGAUUGACAUGUCCCUGGAUGAUAUCAUAAAACGCCACAGGAAAGAGCAAACAGAUGCCAGCGCUGCAGGGGACGGGCGAAGGCAGCAGGUCAAGAACAGGAAUUCGGCAUACGGGUAUGGACCCCGUUUCCGCGCCUGGAUGCAGAGGAAUUUGCAAGGACCUAACCGUUUUAGAAGAGGGUUUGGACAACAACAAUACAAUCGGAGGCAGUUCAGGAAUACUGUGCCCGGUCCCAGGAGAAGACCAGCUGCUGCAUUAAAUGGAGUGAGCCCUUUAAAUCGCCAGGCAUCGGCUCAAGAGGGCAACAAGAACAACGAUGCUUUCACCAAAAGCAGCAGCAGCAGCAGGCAGCCAGAGGGACGGCGACGGCCACCCCCAGGCCCCAAGAGAUUUAGAGCAGCUGCUGCCAGCACCAACGCCCCGGGGAGAAGCAGGCCUUUCCUGCUAAACAGGGGACCAGCCUUCCAGCAGAAGCGGAUGCAGCAGCGGUUCUCCAAAGCCAACUUUCAGAGAGGGCAGAUGGAUGCUAAUGGAGAAGGGAAACCACCAAGGAUGAGAAGGUGGCAAGUGAAACCCAGCCCCGGAGCAGUUCUGACGGUUUCUGUGGCUAAUCCCCAGGCGGGCCAGACCGGCGCGCCCGGAUCCAAGCGCCCGUUCCUGCGAAGCCAGAGGCCCCCGCCGCGGGUGGCCAAGCCCCAGCCCAAGGGAGUGCUGCUGAGAUUCAACUUCCGCGCGAUGGCCAACCAGACCAGCCUGACGCUGGAUGAGAGAUUCUCUGGUCUGAGGAAUAAGAGGCGCUUUACAGCAGCCAGGAGCGCCGGCCGGACAGUCACCAUGCCUUAGCACCGCAUGCUCGUCACAGGGACUGCCCAUAACAGUCCAGGCCCUGUAACGGGCAGCUCAAUAAAACUCGAUAGAUUUCCUCUGAGAUAGCUAAUUUGGCAAUGUGCCGUCUCUUUCCUUACACGCAGAAUGAAUGAGCGAUUGAGGGCAGGGAUGAGGCAGGAUGAGAAUUGGGGCCAGAGCACAGGGCAGGUGGGACAUGAGCAGGGUGGUGGAGGGGGACGAGCGAAGAUGGAUUUGCUGGGAGUGCUCUGCAGGGGAGCCGUGGGGCUGGCACCAGCCCUGUCCCCCUGCCAGGGCACCCUGUGCUGCCUGGGGUGACUCCUGCAAGAGGGAGGGGGGACCAUCUCCAAGCCAUACCCGACGAGCCUUCCCUGUGUUGUCCCAUGGGUGGGAAAGGGUUGAGGACACUGUGCCUGCCUGCGUGGGAGACAGAGCGGGAAGAGGAGCAUGUGUGGGGCUGAGGGACGUGCCCCAGCAGUAGCACCAGUGGGGAUGCUCCAACUGCCCAUGUUCCCUAGCAUCCAUCUAAUUGCCCCAUUUGUUGUGUGUGCAGGCAUCCCUGCCCGGAGGUUUGCAGUGUAAGACCCCUCCAUCCUGAAAAUGUCUCGCUCUGCCCCAAUAGUCAGGCCUGAGCACCUUGCAUUUCUCUUUGGUUUGCCGUGCUGUUCUGACUGCUGCUGCUGGCCCAGUUGCAGGGAUGGGGUGAGAUGUGCCGUGCCAUGCCUCUGGAGUGACUGUCCUCGGUGCGGAGCACAGACAGGCUGCCCCAGCCCAAAUCAGGUUUUCCAGUGCUGCAUUAGGGAUUUCAUAGGUACAGCUCCACCCAUGCUCAAAGCACUGGCAUAAUUGAACUAGCAGCUGCAGGAGAGAGGCCAGGCUCCACAGCAGUCUGAUGAACAUUGGCUGAGAUGUUAAUGAGGUGGGUCUAGACAUUUGUUAAUGAAGCCCUGCACCAACCGUGAGUCACUGAUCCAUUCUCCACCCACUGCUGUAACCCAGCGCCGAAAGUGCUGGACACAGCCUGUUACUGGGCUCCAAGCUAUACUUAUUAAAGUAAAUAUUUGAUAGACUGCUUUACAUUUUACACUGAGCAUCUUUAACAAGAGACUGGACUCGACGUUGGUUUUACAGGAAUGUGUGAAAUGUUGUUAGUUGAUGUGCUGAUGUACGAGUCCAAUGCACUGAAUAAAAGACUAACUUGUCAAAUGUC